UGGACCUCCUGGGAGAAGUUCCUUAGAGAUCCUCGGGUCCUUCCUUGGCUUCUCAGUCACUGCCUGCCCAACACUGUGCAAAGAUCCUGGCCCCUGAGCACAUGGAUCUUGGAAUUGUUGCAGAGAAGGAGAACGUGCAGCUGGAGGACAGGAACCAGGACAUGCACCAGGUUGGAGACCCACAGGAGGAGAUGGGGAAGCUGCCUGGAUCCAAGACAGACUUCCCAGUCAGGAUGGCCCUCAGUGAAGAGGAAAAGCUGAAGAUUUCCAAAGACCUCGUGGAGCUCCAGAUCGAGACAAACAAAAUGAAGGAGCAUUACGAGACGGAGAACUUUGAACUGAAAAACAAGAUAUUGGCCCUGGAGAGCCGGGUGCAGGAGCUGGAGCUGGGCAGUGCCAGGGUCACAGGGGAGCGAGAUUCCCUUCAGGAGCGGCUGCGGGCCCUGGAGAGCAGCCGGCAGGAGCUGGCACAGGAGUUCAUCAUCCUGAAGAGCAAUUACCUGGCCCUGGGCAGAGAGCUGGACCAGGAGCCUGCACGUGAAGAGAUUGGAGUUGCUCUCAUUUCGGGCGGCAGGAAGGGGCCUGGCAGCUUUCAGAUGAUGAGGAAUGAGGAGCUGACCCAGGAGCUGCUCAGCCUGGCCAAAGAGAGCAUCCACCCCCCUGGCCUGGCCCAUCAAUCCUCCCCCGAGCAGGGAAAGGGGAGAGCAGCAGGAUGGCCCCACUCUGCUCAGAGGGGGAAGCAGCCUGAGGAUGCAACUGCCUCUGAACACGAGCAGCAGGAGCUGGAAAGAAACUUGCUUGGAAACCAGGAUCACAUAAAAGUGGAGCUGGAAAAAGUGAAGAAAACCCACGAAGAGCAGCAGCAGAAGCUGGAGGAGCGAGUGCUGGCGCUGGGGCAGGAGCUGCAGGAGGCGAAGGGAGCGGUCGGGGCCGGCCGGCGCAGGCUGGCGGAACAAUCAACGGUGCUGCUCACAUCCCAGGGCCAGCUCCAGGAGGUGGAGGCAGAGAACUCCCGGCUGCAGCUGCGGCUGAAGGAGCUGAAUGAGGAAUAUCGCUCCCGGCUGGCGCGCUACAUCAGGGAUGUGGCGAACUACAUGGACAGCAAACCCAGCAGUGUGACAGGACCCAGCAAAGCCCCAGCUGGCCAAGCUGCCAUGAAGAACUUUGUGGACAGUAUGCUCAGGGAUAUUCGGGCUUCCUACAAGUGCCGGGAAGAGCAGCUGGCUCGGGCAGCUCGUGGCUACAAGAAACGCAUGAAGGACUUGGCCAGGAAGCACGAGAACCUGCUGAUUGCGUAUGGGCUGCAGAGGGAGCAGAUCCGGUCCCUGGGGAGCAGUGCCAUGGACUGUGGCCCUGCUGAGCUCCACUUCUGCAUCACAGACCCAGAGCUGCUGACAAACAGCUCCCGGGAGCUGAACCGCCUGCGGGAGGAAAAGGCCAAGCUGGAGAUGCAGCUCCAGGAGCUGCAGAAGAAAAGCCUGAAAGGAGCCUCUGCCUUCUCUGUGCCUCCGGACCAGAAGCUGGAUGAGAAGGGCUGGGCAGACGUGAGGAAGAAGCUCCAAGAAUUUGCACUCAACACCCAGGAGGACCUGGAGCAGGAGAGAAGCCAGCUGCUGACUCGGGCUGUGGUGGCAGAGGAGCAGGUGUCAGAGCUGCAGGGGUACAUAGAUCAGCACCUUGCCAGCGUGACUGAAGGGCUCCACAGUCCCCAGCAGGUUCCCGAUCUGGGGUGUGUGGAUGGAUCCCCACAAUGGGGCUGAUCCCAUGGAAUGAGGAGCCCCGGCACCUUCCUGGACACAUCUGCACCGAGAGAGCUGUUUUGGGGCACUGCUCCCCAAACCCCAUCUCGUGUGGGGCAGGUUGAUGGGUGGGGGUCCUUUGGAGCAGCUCUGGCUGGAUCAUCCCCGUGGAUGCUGCAGGAGGCUGUGCUGGGUGGGCACCAUGGCACCCACAGGCAUCCCUGUGCUCCCAGGGUACUGCCACAGCCCUUCACCACGGUCACUCCUCCCCGGGCUCCUCCUGACCACCCAGCCCCACUCCGGGUCCGCACUCUACUGCCUCACACCACGUUUUCCAUCCUGUGGAGGAAACAUUCCCCGGGAUGGAGUUUGUCUCAUUGUGUUUUCACCCUUCAUGGCCUUGCUGUGUGCCAAGAGGCCGGGCAGGAAUUUGGCUGGGCUGGGGCUGGACUCUGCUUUCGGGGAAACGCUCGGAUGAUCAGUCCUGGAACAAUGGAGAUGUCGGAGCUGUGGGAUUCCAUCUGGGAAUUCCCACAGGGAAGGGCUGUUAGCCCCAUCUCCCAGAGGAGAAACUGAGGCACAGGCUGCCUGUUAUCCCGUGGGAUGAUCCCAUAGGAAGCAUUAGCUCCCUGGCCAGGGCCCAGCGCUGCGGGAGUGACAGCCAGGGGAAGCCAGGGCGGGUGACCCAGCCUGACACGGGGCAGAGGGCACCAAAAACAGCCCAAAAACCUCUGUGGUAGAAAACGAGCCGAGUAACAGCCCUUUCCUCUGCAGCACAGUGAGCUG